AUGGAGCCCGGCGGGUCCCGCCGCCUCAGGGCACUGGGGGUGCCCGGGCUGGGCGGCCGCAGCGGGGUGUCGGGCCCUCUCCCCUCACCACCAACUCUUCUGUCCCCCCUUAGCACGGAGGAGCGGCCGGCGGGUGGCGGCCCCGCGGCCCCGCGGUGUCCCCGCGGGCAGAAGGAAUUCUUCCCCGACGGCUCGGCCCGCCAGGCCGAGAGGCUGCGGCGGUGCUGCGAGGAGCAGUGGCGGAUCCUGUCCGAGGAGCGCGUGGAGCGGCCGGGGAAUCAGGUAAAAGCUGAGUGGAAGCCAGGACAGGGCAUCGUGGAGCUGCUGUCCCCUGCGGGGAAGUUCUGGCACACCAUGGGGUUCUCGGAGCGAGGCAAACAGUGCUUGCUGCCUGAGGAAGCUCUGUACCUGCUGGAGUGUGGCUCUGUCCAGCUCUUUUUCAGGGAUCUGCCCAUGUCAAUCCAGGAAGCCUACGAGACCCUGCUGUGCCAGGAGACAAUGACCCUGUCACACUACCAGGUGUUCAGCCACUUGAAGCAACUGGGUUAUAUUGUACUGAGAUUCGACCCCAGCACUGUCCCGUCUCCCUACGAGAGGCAACUGAACUUGGAAAGUCACUGCAAGAGCUCUGGGAAACACCAUCGCAAAAGGAGGAGGAGUUCCAGCCCCCGGUCACAUGAAAAGAAACAUAAGGUAUCUGAGGACCUUCCAGGAGCUGAAGGGACCUCCAGCAAAGAUGGAGAUGACUGUGGAGACUCCACGUGCCUUCCCAUGGAUGAAAAGCCCUUGUCAGUACAGCCAAAGGAAUCAGAUGCUGGCAGUGCAGAGCAGGAGUCAAACCCAGUUCCUCUUGAUACAGGACAAAAGAACUCUCUGAGUCCCUCCAGGAGCCAGGCUGAAGACCACAAGGAGAGCAGCAGUGGCACCCGUGCACCCCGCUGGGAUUUUACCACCAUCACCUUUCCAAACGUGGCCCCAGACCAGCCGUGCACACACCUGCCCUCCCCUGACAACAGGCUCCUGCCAGAGAACGUGCCAGGGAGGGAGGUGGAUGCAGUUUCCUGGUGCACACGCAUCAACCAGAAACAGGAGAAGCUGACCCGGAAGGAGAGGAGGCAGCGGGAGAGGGAGAGCAGGUAUAAGAGCAGCGUCAAUGCCGACCAGGAGGUGAGGCGCUGCUCCAACUGGCAGGAGUACAAAGCCCUUUUGGAGCAGAGGAGACAGCAGAGGGUUUGGAAACGACCAUCACAUCUCUGGGACCAAGCUGUCACGCCACUUCUGCGGCCAGAUGAAGCUACCUCGUCAGCUGCGCUCCUCCAGCAGAUCAGUGUGCUGCAGCCCUCCCACAUCCUGGAUGGAGCCUCCCGGCUGCAGGAGGACCCAGAGGCCAUGAAGAUAGACUUCAAUGUGUAUCAAGCAGAUGCCGUGUCCAGGUUUAAGAAGACAAACCCUGGGAAGCCAUAUGUCAGGAUGUGUGUUCGGAGCUUCGAUGAGCAGAUCCCGUCCCUGCGGGCUCUGAAGCAGGUGACGUACCUGAGCGGGGACGUCCCGCUGGUCUUCGCGCUGGUGGAUCACGGGGAAAUCACCUUCUAUUCACUGAAGGAAUUCAAGUUGCCUCUUGAUGUUAGUCACUGAAGCUGCUGUCACUUGCAGGAAUGGUAUGGGAUGAAGGGAAGAGCUCUGCUCAGGAUUUUUUGUCCUGAUCAAUCCAAUAUUACAGAAAAUAGAACCUGGAACCUUGGGUAGUUGACCACUUUAUGUCUGUAACAGACUUCACCUGCCCAGAUGGCUCAGACAUAAUAGCAUGAUUUACAGCAAACAAGUGUGUAUGGCUUAGCUGGGCAUUUCUGGACUGGAGUAAACACGUCUUUGUUCUUGAAGCCACUGGUUCUCCAGCUUUUUCACCUUGUGGACCACCAGUCUGCCUUUUUUGUCAUCUUUCACUGACCUGUGGACCAUUAGCAAACACCUUACCUGGUGAUCCUUGUCACAUGUUAAGAAGCACUGUGCUACACCAGUUGAAUGGAGUGUCACUGAGGUCAGCUGGGGACAGAAUAAGCUGAUCAGUGGUGCUGUCCUGAGCUUCUGUCAUUCAGCUCUGCCAACGACCAACAGAUCAGAUUCUGAUCU